ACUCGCACCGAUGUAAACGGAAUAAAGAGGGGGGGGAGGGGAGGGUAGGGUGGAAUGGUUUGGAUGCUGGUUAGAAGGAAGGGGUAAAGCAUUAUAGGUGGCAGUGGAGGACUCUGAAUGGUUCGCGGACUUGGAGUGGCAUUGCAGCUGACGACGUCGACGACGACGACGCGCCCUUAUUCAGUUCAGCUUCGUCAGUCGAUACAAAACCCUCCGAACUACUGACGCUGCUCGGUUUUUUUUUUCGUCUAUAUAUAUAAAUUUCUUUUUUCUUUUUAUUUUAUUUUUGGGCAGCACGUGUUUCCUCAACUCUCGCCCCCCUUUUUUUGCCGCUUUUACCCCGCACUUGCCCCUCUCUUUUCGUCAUCUCACCCCCCCCCCAUCCCCUUCACAACUCGUAACGCGUUGAGAAUCCUUAUCAUUUUCCCCUCUUUCAUUCUAUAUAUCAAAUUGAACACAUUAUCGCUUCACCACACGCUAUAAACCAUUUUCGCGUCCACAGCUAUCGGAUAUCACUCAUUCUUAUUUCACACGUCGGAAAACUUUUUUCAUUCGCAAAAGUUUGUUCUCUGAUUUCUUGAAAAUUUAUCCAACUGGGGAUCCAUUUACGUUAUAUAGAAAGAGAUAGAGAGAGAGAAAGAGAGGGAUAUCCUAUUUCAACGCUUUUCAUUCUCUGCUUUUCGACUUCUUUUUUGACCCGUUUUUUUUCGACUUCCUUCCUGCUUGUGUCGCGUAAUUUUUUCUUUUGGGUUUUUUUUUUUUUUGAGAGCGAGUAACGUUUUAGCGGAAGUUGGAGUAUUUUUUUUUUUUUUUGAGGGAUUUUAUUUGCUACUUAUAUACAUAUAUAGAGAGAGAAGGGUAUUUUUUUCGUAUUUUUUUAUUUUUCCUGUUAUUUCCUUGCCUUCAAUGCUAAGUGCUUAGGGGGAGGAAACUGAGGUAACUUUGAACUACCGCCGGUAAAAGUGAGGCGCAAAGUGGGCGUUGUCUUAAAAAACAAUUCUACUUCAUUGCGUUUAGCUGAUUUUUUCUAAUUGUGGACGAUGAUUAACGAUGAACGAGUAAAGUGGAAAGAGCAUUGAAAAAGAGAGAUAAAGAUGAUGAUGCUGUUCGAUAAUAACAAUGCCGAUGACUUUGACGAUGGCCAGUCGACGAAGCAGCAGUAUCGGGCGUCUCAGUAUUGCCUCUCAUUGCCAUCGAUCCUCUCGAUUACCUUCUCAACUCGACCCCAACCUCCAUAUUCACGACAUAAACAGCCAAGUGGCGCAGUUCCGCGAUCUUUUGAUAAGCAUCGGUCAAUCGCGAGAUUGUCCCGAGCUUCGCGAAAGAAUUCGAAAAUUACGAAGAAAUUGUGUCGAAGCUUGCAAAACCACAUCACAAUUGGUGCUUCCUCAAAUGCGAAGUGCUAUGGAGGCAGGCAUUCCAGCAGACAGUCCAAAUUUAGUCCUUUUAUUUUUCUUGGCCCAACUUUUUCUUCGGGAAUUGUACAAAAGCAAAAAUUUGAUUCGCAUCGUGCCAAUGGAUAUGACAGGAUAUUUUGAAAGCAAAUCGGGGCCAUCAAAUAUUGGGAACGUCAUUACUCAAAUACUUUUGUGCAAACAGAUUACACUGGAUUUCAACGAAGAAGAACUUUGCAGUAUACAAAAAGAUUCCGAAGAAAUAAAUGCUCUCAUAGCCGAGUUGCAGGAAUUUAUGCCACAAUCAGAAGCUGACACUGAACGACCAGUUGCACUUCAAGAAGCAGCGAGUCGUGUGAAUCGCAGUAAUGGGAAUCGAAAGGUCUACCGAUGGGAAAAUAGGUCCAGAAAUCCGUCUUAUAUCCGCGGAACCUUUAACUUCUUAUGCUGCUCUAGACCCAACUAUGUUUAAAACGCGCGGUAAACUUUAUUCUCCCGUCUGAAUUAUAAAUAGAUUUAUAUAUACAUAUAUACAUACUAUAUAUAGGUAUAAUAUACGAAACUCGAUUAUAACUUACUCCUUAGAGAAUUAAUUAUAAAGUCGACCAUUUAAUGAGACCAAAGAGACCGACGAUAUUUUCCUAAUGCUCUUAAACAUUAUUAAAAAGGACGAAUACUGAACAAAAAGAACGGCUAAUUUUCCUUAUUCUUUAGUAGACAAAGAAAUUAUACAUUGUUACAAGAAAAAAAAAAUCCGUGACACGACAUUCACGAAAUAAGAAAAUGAGCAUCUUGUCAAAUUUUAUUUGCGACAAAAUUUUUUUCUAUUUUCAUUUUUGCUAUUUUCCAUUGUUAAUUAAUUAAUAAUUAUUAAUAAU